ACCAAUUUCUUGUGGAAGACGUGACAUCUAAACUUCAAUGAACAUGUUCAACAUGCAAUGAGAAAGCAUUUUCUCAGUGAUAUACUGGUCUACAAAUAACCACUAAGACUUGAAACCAAGCUGUGCAAGAUCAUUGAUCGAGUCAUAGAAACAUGAGGUCUGGUAAGGUGGUUUGGAGUCUGUUCUUGUUAUGUUUCUUGGCCAGUCACACUGGACUAGCCAUGGAAGAGAGUAAGGGCUUAAGCUUCAGGACUAGUUACAACUAUAAGGUUGCUCUUGCCAACGCAAUCUUGUUCUUAGAAGGGCAACGUUCAGGAAAGUUACCCUCUAGCCAGCGAGUUAAAUGGAGAGGAGACUCUGCACUCUCUGAUGGCAAACCUGAUAAAGUAAACCUAGUAGGGGGCUACUAUGAUGCUGGUGAUAAUGUGAAGUUUGCCUGGCCAAUGGCAUUCACAGUGACCUUGCUCAGUUGGGCUGCUGUAGAAUACAAGCAAGAGAUCUCUAUGGCUAACCAGCUUGUCUACCUCCAAAAUGCAAUCAGUUGGGGAACUGAUUUCUUAUUGCGAGCUAGUACUUCACCCACCACACUUUACACUCAGGUGGGAGAUGGAAAUGCUGAUCACCAGUGUUGGGAGCGGCCUGAAGACAUGGACACUCCUAGAACACUGUACAAGAUCACUUCUGCUUCACCAGGCACAGAGGCAGCAGCUGAGGCUGCUGCUGCUCUUUCUGCAGCUUCAAUUGUCUUCAAAGGAAUUAAUUCACACUAUUCUGCAAGGCUGCUGGAAAAAUCAGAAUCACUGUUUGAAUUUGCAGACAAGUAUAGAGGCUCUUACAAGGAUUCUUGCCCUUUCUACUGCUCUUUCUCAGGCUAUCAGGAUGAAUUAUUAUGGGCUGCAGCUUGGCUUUACCAAGCAACUGGAGAUAACAAGUACUUGAAUUAUGUUUUGAGCAACCAAGGAUGGAGUCAGGGAGUUUCAGAAUUCAGUUGGGACAACAAAUAUGCUGGAGCACAGAUAUUACUGGCCAAGGAUUUUCAUGGUGGAAAGAAGGAUUUGGCUAAAUUUAAGAGUGAUGCAGAGUCAUUUGUUUGCGCAUUAAUGCCAGGGAGCAGCUCUGUACAGAUUAAAACAACUCCAGGCGGGCUUUUGUAUACUAGAGAUGCUGCAAAUCUUCAAUAUGUUACAAGCUCUUCCAUGUUGCUAUUUAUCUACUCCAAGACCUUAAAAUCAACUAAUAUUGGUCAGGUCCAAUGUGGCUCUGCCCAUUUCUCUGACUCUCAAAUCAAAGCCUUUGCAAAAUCACAGGUAGACUACAUACUCGGAAACAACCCCAUGAAAAUGUCAUACAUGGUGGGAUUUGGCAGCAAAUACCCUUUGCAAUUACACCAUAGAGGUGCAUCCAUACCUGCUAUUCGUGAACAUCCAGCCAAGGUGAGCUGUGGUGAUGGCUACUCAAGCUACUACUCUUCUGGCAAACCAAACCCAAAUACACACGUUGGAGCAAUUGUUGGAGGACCUGAUUCAAACGAUCAUUUCAAUGAUGAAAGAUCAGACUACUCUCAUUCUGAACCUAUCACUUAUCUUAAUGCUGCUUUUGUGGGUGCGGUAGCUCCUUUGCUUGAUGCAAGCAAAGACAAGUCUUUGCAGAUUCUACUGCACAACAAUAAAACUACUCAUCUGUUUGACUCUAUGUAAUAUGCUACAAGUAAACGGCAAGCAGUAUUGUUGAAAUAAAGCCCCCAAAGGAAUGUCUCAACUGGUUAAGAACUUGAGACUCCAAGUUAGAGAUCUCAAUUCGAAUCUUAAGACGGUGAGGAGGGAUUAACGGAAGUGGAGGGUUAUCUCCUCUCCUAUGUAUAGCCCAUCAUCUAAUGUACCAAAAAAAAAAAGUAGUUUAAAUAAAGGCCAUCUGUGGAU